AUGUCUGCCACCUAUUACAUCAAUGAACUGUCCGGUAGUGAUGAGACUAGCUCUGGAUCCAAGGAGCAACCUUUUAAAACUGCUGCAUAUGCCUUUUAUAGGACUGCGGAUGCCAAGUUAUUUGUUUUCAAGACACUAGAUGAUGGUACCCAAGAUUUUGUUGAGAUCUCCGCUUCUGCCCUAAAAAAAGCAAAGAAGGGUGCUGAGGGGUUGAAGAAGAAGUUACAAAAGGCUAAUUUGGCUGCUGAGAAGGACGCCGCUAAGAAGGCAGCUGAAGCGGCUAGUCAAUUGGAAGCUAUGAAAAUUACCAUUAAAGAAGAUGAGUCAUUACCGGAAGCUAGAACUAUCAAGUUGCGAGCUUUGCAAGAUAACUUGGGAACUCGUGUUCGGGUGCAUGGUUGGAUUCAUCGUCUUCGUGCUCAAAAGGGUCUUGUUUUUAUCGUUCUAAGAGAUGGUACUGGUUUCUUGCAGUGCUUGUUGUCGGGUGAUUUGGCUAACGCUUAUCAAACUUCCACUUUAACUUUGGAAAGCACCGUGACUUUGAAAGGAAUUGUUGAGAAACUUCCGGCAGGGAAACAGGCUCCCGGAGGAGUCGAGUUGAAAGUUGAUUAUUACGAAAUUAUAGGUUUAGCACCUGCUGGUGAUGACUGUUUCUCGAACAAGAUUCAAGAGGGGGCCGACCCAUCAUUGUUGUUGGACCAGCGCCAUUUAGCCAUUCGUGGUGAAACCUUAAGUGCUGUAUUGAAAGUAAGAGCUAGUUUAUUGCAGGCUAUUAGAAGGGUUUACGAUGAGGAAGGUGUCAUUGAGGUGACUCCCCCAUGUAUGGUUCAAACUCAAGUGGAAGGAGGUUCCACACUGUUCAAGCUUCAAUAUUACGGUGAGGAGGCAUAUUUGACGCAGUCCUCCCAGCUAUACCUUGAGACCGCUUUACCUGCUCUUGGAGACGUUUACUGUAUUCAAGAAUCAUUCAGAGCUGAAAAAUCUCACACCAGAAGGCAUUUAUCUGAGUACACCCAUAUUGAGGCCGAAUUGGCCUUCUUGACUUUUGAAGACCUCUUGUCCCACAUUGAGAGAGUUAUCACGAAAACUGUCAAAUAUGUAGUUAAUGACCCUGUUGCCGGUCCCUUGGUCAAACAAUUGAACCCAGGUUUUGCAGCACCAGAACUCCCGUUCAAGAGAAUGGAGUACGUAGAAGCACUGAAAUGGCUUAAUGAUCACAGUAUUCCAAACGAAGAAGGACAACCUUUCAAAUUUGGUGACGACAUUGCCGAGGCUGCUGAGAGAAAGAUGACCGAUACUAUUGGUGUUCCAAUUCUUUUGACUCGUUUCCCACUUGAAAUUAAGUCAUUUUACAUGAAACGUUGCGCCGACGAUCCAAGAGUUACUGAAUCUGUAGAUGUGCUGAUGCCAACUGUUGGAGAAAUCACCGGUGGCUCUAUGAGGAUCGACUCUCUCAAUGAACUCCUGGAAGGUUUUGAACGUGAAAAGCUUGACAAAAGUGCGUACUACUGGUUCAUUGAUCAACGAAAAUAUGGUACCUGCCCUCACGGUGGUUACGGUCUAGGAACGGAACGUAUCUUAGCAUGGUUGUGCGACAGAUUCACUGUGAAAGACUGUUCAUUAUACCCACGUUUCACUGGGAGAUGUAAGCCUUAG